AUGCAAUUUGAGAACCCUUUGACCACAGAUAAGGGUCUGGGAGCUACCGUGAAGGACCUCCUCCCAGUCCCGGCCACAGAUCCCGCUGACCUCGAUGUUGGGGGCCAAGAUUCCACCACAAGCCAGCAAAUCUACGAUGUCAAGGCCACUCCUUACCCGCCUCCUGGCGGCCUGGACCUCAAUAUCGCUGACGAUGAGGAAUUUUCACCUGACAAAAUGCGGGCCAACAUCGAGAGGCUUUACAUGACGGUUGGCGUUGGCCUUCUCGCCGCUUGGAAGCAUGUUGCACGACUUCGGUCGUGGCGAGAGAGAAAACGCACUACCUACUUCGCCGCGGCAUAUUUCAUUGCCUGGUCCCUGGACAUCUUGACUCCCCUUCUGUCUGCUGUUUUGCUGGCACUUAUUGGAUCUCCUCGCGCGCGCGAGAUAUUGUUUCCGCCGGUCCCGGUUGCUCUAGUCGACAGCAAGACUGGUAGUGUGCAGAAACCCAUGGCCGGUGUCCUCGGCAGUCAUGACAGCGCUACGGGCGCGCCAGAGAACCACAAAGGCGAGGCUGUGGAGCAGGAAGCCAGCAACUUUGUCAGUGGCAUUGCUUCGGUUGCCCUAAGCAGCGCUGCGGGUAAACAUCCUCAAGGAGAUCCAGACUCCGAUGAUUAUGUGGCUGUGGACGCAGCUCCUGAUCCGACAUCCCUCGCAGCUAGCACGGCCGACGCCAAGGAUAAGGCGAGUGGCCGGAAGACAGGGCCGAAGCACGACAAAACGAAGGUCCCUAUGGAGACGGUUAUUUGGACCAAAAUGCGGCCUAUCAUGCACACGAUUGGCACCAUCGCGGACACCUGGGAGCGUCUUGCCAAAGGCUCGCAACUCACCCUGACGCUCCUCCGCCACGGCGAAGCCAAUCACGGCCCGCUCCUCCACCCCACGCACACUACCCACGCAGACCAACCCGCCGAACUGACAUCCCAAGACCUCGACACAUCAGACGGCUCCCCACCUCUGAACGCAACACCCUCUGAGCUCAACGCCGCCAUCACCCCUUCCCCUUCAACAACCACUACUCAUAACCCCACCCCCACCCACAACCCAGCCCACCACCACCCCACCACCACCAACAAAAUCCUCUCCCUCUUCAAAGGCACCACGCGCGGCGCCGUCAAAACCGCCAUCGGCACCGACACGGUGCGCGCCAAAGCAGGCAGCGCGCCGGCCAAGAACCGGCUGGGCGUGAUCCCACCCCGCAAGGACAAGGACAAGGACACGACCGCCACCAGCGACCCGGACCUGUCCUCCUCACGUGCAGCAGUAGCAGCAGCAGCAGCGGGCCCCGCCGAGUUCGAGGCGCGGCACAACGGGCACAAGGGCACGGUGUACCUGUCGACGGGCGGGGCGACGGUGCCGGUGGUGGCGUUUGGGCUGGGGCAUAAGGGGCAUAAGGGGGACGGGGAUGGUGUGAAGGCGGUGUGGAGCGUGCCGGUGGCAGAUGUGGUGGAGGUUCGGAAGAUUGGGGGGUAUGGGUGGAAGGCGAAGUUGGUGGUGGGGUGGUCGAUGGAGCGGGAGGUGAAGGAUGGGUUGGUGAUUCGGACGGUGGUGGGGGAGGAGUAUAAGAUUACGGCGGUGCCGUUGAGGGAUGAGUUGUUUAAUCGGCUGGUGGCGGUGGGGGGGCAGAAGUGGGAGGCUUGGUGA